AUGUUCGCGUCUGCGCUCAAGUCCUUUAGCUCCAACAUCUCGUCUCAUUAUCAGAUAUCCCCAGAUCCUGUCCUGAUCUCAGGCCCGUGGAAGAUACAUGAUGGCAAGAAGAAAUCGACCGGCAGCCCUGCCUCCAUCUUUAUCUUCGACCGAAAGUCUUUGGAACCUCGAUCAGGGGGGUUUGGUAGCCGUUCCAGUUCAUCAAUGAAGAAAUUACAUGAUGAAGUGGUCGAACGUCUCAAGCGAGAGGCUAGCAAUCUUGCGCGUCUCAGACACCCGUCAAUCCUCCAGGUCCUGGAACCCGUCGAGGAGACCCGCAGCGGGGGCCUGAUGUUUGCGACAGAGCCCAUCACCGCGUCUCUAGCCGGUCUUUUGCACGAGAAAGAUGUGCAGGAAGGCGGCUCGAGAUCCAGCCGCUUUAUGAUCGAAGGCCCGGAUGGGACCCGGAGACGGAGGGAAGUCGAGAUCGAUGAGCUCGAGAUCCAAAAAGGGCUGCUCCAGGUCGCCAAGGGGUUGGAAUUCCUGCAUGAAUCAGCCGGUCUGGUUCACGGCAAUCUGAACCCGGAAGCGAUCUAUAUCAACGCCAAAUCCGACUGGAAGAUUUCGGGCCUGGCCUUUGCUGGUCCUCCGGACAAUUCAGAGACCCAGUCCAAUCUUCCCCCACUGGCUCUCUCUGAGGUCUUGUAUCAAGAUGCCAGGCUUCCUCCGUCAGUUCAGCUGAAUCUCGAUUAUACAUCGCCAGACUUCGUCCUCGAUUCAAAUGUGACUACUGCUGCGGAUUUAUUUUCGCUAGGACUGAUUAUUAUCGCUCUUUAUAAUUCUCCGCACGUUUCCCCCCUUCAGACUCACUCCAACAUCACCACCUACAAAAAGCUGCUCAGCUCGCCCUCGACGACUCCCUCCCAGGCUAACGAUUUUCUCUGCAAGAGGCCCAUUCCCAAAGACCUUCUCAAUCAUGUCCUUCCCCGACUAAUUACUAGGCGCCCUGCUCAACGGCUCAACGCCCGUGAGUUCCAACAAUCACCAUAUUUUGAUAAUAUUUUGGUCUCGACAAUCCGUUUCUUAGAAUCAUUGCCGGCGAAAACACCGAAUGAAAAGUCCCAGUUCAUGCGGGGGCUACAGCGGGUACUGCCCGAGUUCCCUGUAUCGGUUCUGGAGAGGAAGGUCCUGGGAGCCUUGCUGGAGGAGACGAAGGAUCGCGAGCUCCUUGCACUCAUUCUACAGAACGUUUUUAAGAUUUUGAAGAGGCUUCCUAAUGGACGCCGUAUCUUCCCGGAAAAGAUCAUUCCAAAAUUGAAGGAGAUAUUCCUGACUAGCGGAACCAAGGGACCUGCGCAGGAACGCGACACAAAUAAGGAGGCUGGCCUUAUGGUCGUUCUGGAAAACAUGAGCACCAUAGCAGAUAACUGUUCUGGGAAAGAGUUCAAAGAAGAUAUUUUGCCUAUCAUUCAGCUAGGCAUGGAGUCUCCGACCCACAGCUUGGUGGAUGCGGCGAUGAAAUGCUUGCCAGUGAUGCUCCCCGUUCUUGACUUCAGCACUGUGAAAAACGAAGUCUUUCCUCCGAUCGCAUCAACCUUUAGCCGAACAAACAGCCUGGCCAUCAAAAUUCGAGGCCUGGAAGCGUUUGUUGUCUUAUGCGGCGGUUCCGUAGGCAAGGAGACAGAGCCCGAAGAUGAUCUGUCUGGCGUAGUCCAGGACAAAAAGAGCAGUAAGACACCUACGGCUUCCAUCCUGGACAAGUAUACGGUGCAGGAGAAGCUCGUGCCUCUCUUAAAGGCGAUUCGGACGAGAGAGCCAGCCGUGAUGAUGGCAGCUUUGAAUGUGUUCCGUGAAGUCGGCAAGAUUGCCGACACUGAAUUUCUCGCUCUCGAGGUGCUCCCUAUUCUGUGGACCUUCAGUCUAGGGCCGCUAUUGAAUCUUCAGCAAUUCGAAGAGUUCAUGGCGCUGAUCAAGUCACUCUCGUCGAAAGUUGAGCGGGAGCAUUCCAAGAAGCUGCAGGAAUUGUCAUCUCGAGAUGAAGCUGCCGGCUCCCGCAACAGCAUCGGAGGUGCUCUUGGGGCGAACAACAACAUGGGAGCGUCUGAUGUGGAGGGCACGAGAAGCGAUUUCGAACGCCUUGUUCUUGGCCGAAAUGGCACAUCUGAUACCAAAAACGACGACCUCUGGGACAGCUGGAGCUCGGAGCCGACGGCGAAACCUUCGAGUCAGGUCGCGUCGCCCACCUUCUCCUGGUCGUCGACUCCUUCCCACCAAGCCAACAGAUCCAGUGUCACUGGUAUCCCGAGUGCUGUUACUUAUCAGGCCACUGGUCAGCCUUCUCGCUCGAUUACUCCUGACUUGAACAUGAGCUCCUUCCCAGCUCUUGAACCAAACCGGCAGAAAUCAUCGAUGGGACAGACGUUUCCUGCUCUACAACCUUCAGCACCGUCUUGGAAUCAGUCUACCAAAAUAAGUCCACCGCCCAGCACGACAAGCACUACGUCGGCUCCUUCAUUGGCGACUCUGGGAAGCAUGCGAGCUUCCACCACACCUUCCUUUGGCCAGACGACGCAGCAGCAAAGUCAAGCCCCGAAUUACUCGGCAUUCACAAUUCCGCCACCUCCGUCAAGCAAUUCUCAGCAAUCGCAGCCGUCUCAGUUUCCAUCCAUGCAGGCGGCACCAAAUCCAUGGGCUGGAAGCGGAACCUCAGCGCCUCUCCAAAAUGGAAUGCUGGCGCAGGCCUCAGGGCAGCAAAAACAAGGCCUGGAUAAAUAUGAGAGCUUAUUGUAG